ACCAGCAACGGGCACACCAGCAAAUACGUAAAAAAAAAAGGCGAAAAAAUUAGGAUAAUGCAGCGAAUAUAAACAAAGGAUUGCGGAAAAAACGUUUUAUACAAGAUCGUUGGCACUUACCCAGCAGGCAAUGAGUUUCCAUUUCUACGUGGAAUCGCUCAAUACAACGUUGCAGUCGAUUGCGCGACAAGUGGAGCAAUUUGCUGGCGUUGCACUGAACGCAGCUGUCGAUCUGCGUGGAAAUCUGGAAUCCUUGACCGGUGAUUUUCGCUGGGAAAACGGACCCAUCGCCUUCACCGAUCUGCAGGCGACGCUGCUGAAGGUGCUCAUCGUCCUGCUGCUGGGCACCUGCGUACUAGCCGGCUACUCGUGGUCCGUUUACGGCCAAGUCAUCACGGAGAAGUUUGUCAGGCCAAGCACGCUCAAGGAAAUCGAAGAGCUUAAGUUGUCGGUGGCCAAGUUGAAGCUGCCCAAGGAGCACUCGCCGCGCAUCUAGAAACCAUGUCCAAGAUUAAGAAGUUCUUUUCGCGGAAGAAGGAGGAGGCGGCGGCCUUUA